AUGCUGAAAGAAUUUACGCAUCUCUUCAUGAGGCACACGUCACCAAGUCGUCGUCAUCUCACUCCUGAGAUCGUGCUCCGCCUCAUCACACCCUCGUGCCAUCUCUGGUCUUCACCUGUCGAGGAGUCUCCCUUCAUUGACCCUUUUUGGGGGUUCUAUUGGCCCGGGGGGCAAGCUACAGCUAGAUAUAUUUUGGACAAUCCAGAAUUGGUAAAAGGUUGUAAAGUGCUGGACGUAGGUUGUGGAUGUGGCGCGGGCUCCAUCGCCGCGGCAAAGGCGAAAGCUAAGAAAGUAAUAGCUAAUGAUAUUGAUCCUUAUGCACUUAUUGCCGCUAGAAUUAACGCUGGUCUAAACAAUAUUGAUAUAGAGACCGAUGUGAAUGAUUUUAUAGGAUCGAGCUGUGACGAUUUUGAUGCUGUUCUUAUAGGUGACAUGUUUUAUGACGAAGAAUUUGCAAAAAUACUCUUUGAGUGGUUAAAUAAACUAACUAACAAGGAUAAAAUGGUGAUUAUAGGUGAUCCCGGCCGACACGGUCUCACGGCGAGCAGGCGCAGUCAGAUGACACAGCUAGCUAAAUACAACUUGCCAAAAGAAACGCGCGAAGAAAAUCAUGGGUUUACAGAAACCAGUGUAUGGAUGUUGAAUAAAACA